UUUUGGCGGCAAGCGUGAAAGCUAAGUUUAGUCGGUACAUUAAAAGCAGUAAAGUGUGUACUCAACAUCCCCUUCAGUGUAAAAAUUUGAGUCCUUUAACUUGAAUCUUAAAUGAUUUUAUCAUACCUAUGCCUCGCGCUAACGCUGCUGCUCAGCGCUCAUCUGCUGUGGAAAUGCAGCUAUUGGCAGAGGCAAGGCGUGCGGGGGCCGCGUGGUUUACCGAUUUUUGGAAAUAUGUGUGAAUUUUUUCUCGGUUGCAAGCAUUACGGUGAUGUAUAUAAGAAUAUUUAUGAUGCGCAUCCACAUCUCCCUUACAUUGGCAUUUAUCGGCUCUUCAACGAGCCAGCGGUAUUGGUGCGCAGCCAAGAGAUGAUUAAGGAGGUGAUGAUACGUUCGUUUCAACAUUUCCAAGAUAAUGUGUUAUGGAUUAAUAAAAAACGUGACCCAGUGGUGUACUGCAACCCAUUUGUGGCAAAAGGUGAACAAUGGAAACAAAUGCGCGCUGAAGUUGUGCCUAUUUUUACGCCAAAUAAGGUUAAAGCUUCGUUUCAUCAUAUUAAAUGUGUUUGCGAAAAACUUGAAGCAUAUGUCUCCCAACAAAUACGCACCUCAAGCAAUUGUUUUGAAGGCAAAGAUCUUUUCUCUAAGUAUACACUCGAUGUGGUUGCUUCGGCAGCCUACGGUCUUGAUGGCGCUUCAUUCACCAACACUAACUCAGAUUUUACUCAACUCGUUGAAAAUCUUUUCUUGCCAAAUACCUGGAGCUUGCUGGAAACUAUUGCAUUGCUUUUCUCCCCGCUCCUUGGCAACCUCAUAAAAUACCACUACGUGCCACCAAACGUUCAACAAUGGCUCCAAGGAAUCAUUUCAAAAGUGUUAGACAAACGUUGUCCAGCUAAGGGGUCAGAGAGUGUGACACAAAAAGAAAGUGAUUUCUUACAAUGGCUCAUUGAGGCUAGACAAAAGUCGCAUGAGCACGUUGAUGUCGCGACAAUGGUCGGCCAUUGUAGUACAUUUUUGUUAGAAGGUUUCGAGACAUCAUCUUCAUUAAUGGCAUUUGCUCUUUACGAGUAUGCAAAAAAUCCCUCCGUGCAAGCGCGUGUUCAGAAGGAAAUAGAUGAAGUGUUGGCUCGUUAUGGCGGCGAAGUGUGCUAUGAAGCCAUACAGGAGAUGAAUUAUUUAGGAGCAACACUUUAUGAAACUUUGCGUCUUUAUCCACCAAUGAUGGCAUUACUGAAGCAUUGCACGAAAGAAUUUGAGUUGCCACCACAGACCGUUGGCGGUAAAUCAUUCCAAGUGCCAGUAGGAAUGGUUUUCAUCAUACCAGUGAAAGCAGUGCAUUACGACGCCGAUUUAUAUGAACAACCUUUGCGAUUUCAACCGGAGCGAUUUCUAGGUCAGAAAGAUAAAGCAAAUGGUCUAUUUUUGGGAUUCGGAGAAGGUCCACGCAUGUGUCCAGGAAUGCGCUUUGGCUUGGCUCAGAGCAAGGCCGGAAUCGCUACUUUGUUAUCUAAGUACUCGAUCCAUUUGUCUGAGAAUGCAAAGCCAUUUAAAAUAUCUGCAAUAACCUUUCUAACAGCUACACGAGAUGGUAUAUGGAUCUCUUUCGAAGAACGGAAGUAAAGAAUUUUUCAAAUUAAAAAGAGAGUUAAAUACAUGGUGUGGCUAUUAAAU